ACAAACCCUGUGUUGGUUGGGCCUCUCCCUUAAUUCCUUUUCACCUUAAAACCUUUCUUCAGACAACGCGUGUUGGACCAACGUCAUCAUCGUCCACCACCACCCUCCUCAUCUCUCCUCUCUCGAAACAUUUUCCGAGCUCCCCCAUUUCCCUCAAAAUCAAAGCAUGCCUUGCAUGAUUGUUGAAGGUGAUGGCAACAGAAGAAGAUGUCAACCUGGCAGGUUUUAAGUCUCAGUUGAGCCAAACCCAGUUGGAUUGGAAGCAGGAGAUGGAAAGAAACCAGGCACAAGUGGAUGCUUUGCAAGUAAAACUUCUAGAAGUAAAGUUAUGUGUACAAGGGUCCGAGGAAGACACAAAGAAGGAGUUGGAUCUUUUAUGGCGACGAGUUAAAACUACUGCAACUAUGUUAACAUACUUGAAAUCCAAAGCAAGAAUCAUGGCUGUUCCUCAUCUGGCCCAUACCUCCUGCGGCAUAAAACAAGUGGAUGGAGUGGGACUUGUGGACAAAAAUGGUGUACCAUUAUCUGGAUGGUCAAGGAACGUGGAUCUUUCUCCAUUUGAAGAUUUAGAGGAAGAAACUUGGACAAAGCUUGCCAGUGAUAAUGACUUACUCGAUGAACAAGAUGGAGCUUAUAUUGGUGAACUACUGAAAGGUGUACAAAUGGUGACAGAUGUUAUGGAAUGCCUUGUCAAGAGGGUUUUAGUGGCAGAAUCUGAAACUGCUUUGGAGAAAGAGAAGGUAACAGUAGGCCAGGAAGAGAUAAAAAGAAAGGCAGUUCAAAUUGAAAACAUGUCUACAAAGUUAGAGGAGAUGGAAAAUUUUGCUUUGGGAACAAACUGUAUUCUGAAUGAGAUGCGACAAAGGGUUGAAGAGUUGGUUGGGGAAACUUCUAGACAGAGGCAAAGAGCUGCAGAAAAUGAGUUAGAGCUUGCCCGUGUUAAGCGAGAUUUUGAAUCACUAAAAACUUAUGUCAGUAGUCUUAUUAGUGUAAGAGAGACGCUUCUUUCAUCAGAAAAGCAAUUUCAGACAAUUGAGAGGCUUUUUGAGCGGCUAGUAGCAAAGACUAGUCAGUUGGAGAGUGAGAAAAUGCAGAAAGAGGCUGAAGUUCAGAAACUUAUGGAAGAGAAUGUGAGGCUUAGUGCUCUGCUUGACAAGAAAGAGGCGCAGCUCUUAGCCAUGAAUGAGCAGUGCAAGGUUAUGGCGCUGAGUUCUUCCAACAUCUGAUUUGGCAUGCUUGGUUGUUUUCCAUGGGCUAUCUGCCCUGUUUAACUUUGGGAGUCACGUGUCCUAUAGCCUUGGGUGGAUGCUGGUGAGAGCUGCAGAUGGGCGAAGGCUUCUUUUCUUGAAAACAUACUCUCGGAAGAGACCUGUUUAUUUCUUGUCAUCUAUCGGCUCACCAUGAAAGAUGAAGUAGAGAAGAUCAUUUGGUACGGAUGCAGAGUUGCAAUCCCUAGUCGAUUGUUUCCUUCAGUGAAGUGCAUAUUGUCACUUAUCAAUUGUAUGUCCUGAAUGUUGUUCUCUCACGGAAUGUGAGCUUUGACAUUUUAUUCCUGGCAUAAAAGCAUGUGUUGUGCCCAUGAUGUUUCCCAAUUUCUGUUGUUCUGACUUGCUGCCCCUUGCGCUUCUAGCGCCUGAAUUAGUGGCAGCAUUUACUU